CUGUGGUUCUCAGAGCUUUUGACACUUCUCACUUGAGUCUUAUCCACUCUCCAACCCAAACAGUCACCAUGGUUCACUUUACAGCUGAAGAGCGUGCCGCCAUCACAUCCGUGUGGCAGAAGGUUGACAUCAGCAAGGAUGGCAGCGACACCCUGACCAGGCUGCUUGUUGUCUACCCCUGGACCCAGAGGUAUUUCAGCUCUUUCGGAAACCUGUCCAAUGAAGCCGCUAUCUCUGGAAAUGUUAAAGUGCAGGCCCAUGGCAAGAAGGUUCUGGGUGCCAUCGGCGGUGCCAUCCAACACUUGGAUGAUGUCAAGGGCUCUCUCCGCGAACUCAGUGACACCCACGCCAACAAACUGCAUGUGGACCCCGAAAACUUCAAGCGUCUUGGAGAAGUGCUGGUGAUUGUUCUGGCUGCCAAACUGCGAUCCGCUUUCACCCCUCAGGUCCAGGCCGCCUGGGAGAAAUUCAUCGCUGUUCUGGUUGCUGGUCUGAGCCACGGAUAUUAUUAAACUGAUUAUAGUACACCCCUAUCUGAGAACGUGGAUUACUGUUUAUAUGGAAACAAAUGCAAUAAAAUGUACUGUUAACUAAAA